AUUUCCAUCGUCACAUUAGUUUCAACAAUAGAUCGGUCUAAAGCUUCAAUUUAACACUGGCUUACAAUUGUUAAUAGAGAAGAGGACAUCUAUAAACAAUAUAGUUUUCGCGCCAAAAAAUAUAAAUAUAUCAAAUUUGUGAUCUCAGUUAUUUUUAAUAUUUUUUGCAUUCGAUUUUUUUGAAAAUAGAGGAUUUUUGGAACAAGAAUUUGGAUUAUAUAGAAUUUUCAACAUGAAAUUGGUUAUAUUUGCGACCAUCAUUGCGAUGAGCACCAGUGCUCGUCUAGACAACAAUUAUCUGCCACCGCCUCCAGGAGCGGCUGGGGCUGGAGGUGGUCCCGGACUUCCGACACCUGGUUUCUCAGGUGGAAACGGUGGAUUGGGUGGAUUUGGAGGUGGCGGUGGAGGUAGCAGACCAGGAGGUGGUGGCGGAUAUGGCGGCGGUGGUGGUGGAGGUCGUGGAGGUGGUGGUGGCGGUGCUGGACCAUCGGGACCUUCUGGGCCGCCAAUAGAAAUUAUAUCGUAUGAGAAUGAGAAUUAUGGCGAUGGAACGUACAAGUUUAGCUACGAGACUGCCAAUGGAAUCAAGGCUGAAGAGACCGGUGAUGUCAAGAACAAGGGCUCUGAGAAUGAGAUUCCAGUGGUGAUGGGUUCAUACUCUUACACGGAUCCUGAUGGUCAACUUAUUACUGUGACAUAUGUUGCCGAUGAAAAUGGAUUCCAGCCUCAGGGUGAUCAUUUGCCAACUCCACCACCAAUUCCAGAGGCUAUUGCCAAGGCUUUGGCUGCGACUGCUGCUGCUCAGGGUAAUGCUGGAGCGGGUGGGGCUGGAGGUUAUGGUGGUGCUGGAGGUGGUGCAAAGGCCGGAGGAUAUGGUGGACCAGGAGGUGCUGGUUAUGGAGGCAAUGGAGGUGGAGGCGGUGGUGGUGCUGGACGUGGAGGUGGUGGUGGCGGCGGAAAUGGAGGCGGUCGUAACGGAGGUGGUGGUGGAGGAGGUGGAUAUGGAGGUGGUGCCGGUGGUGGAGCUGGAGGUGGUGGUGGUUUUGGAGGUGGCGGUGCUGGUGGUGGUGGUGGUGGCAGACCUGGAAAUGGUCAAUUUAGUCCACAAUCUGGCUACAACUAUUAAGAUUCACGCUUUUGAAUUACGGAACUUUCUUUCUCAAUCAAAAUACCUUUGUAUAAAAAUAAGUGCUAUAAUUUAUUGAUUUUUUUGUAUAAUUUUUUUUGUAUGAUUUUUUUUUAUUAUUUUCCAUUUGCCAUCGAAUUUUUUAAGGUUUUCGAAUUGUAUAUUGAAAAGAGCUCAAACGUCAAGUAACUUUUUUUUAGAUCAAACAAAAAAUUAUGAAUAACUGUGUGAAUGGUUGGCAUUUAUUGAUUUUUUCUUUUAGUUUUUUUGAUUUUUUGUCUCAAAUAUUUUUAGAUUUUUAAGAAUUAUAUCGAUUUAUAUAAUAAUUUAUGUUAUAUAUGGCUAGUGACCCAAUGUCGUUUUUAAUUUUUUUUUAUUUCCUUUUUUAUAUCCAUGAUACUCUCUCACUUUUGUAAAUUCUUGCCUUGGAUUUAUUUGUGCUAAAUGUAAAAU